CGGGCGGGACGCGGCACCGCCGGAAGUGGCGUGUGCGCAGGCGGGCGGCGGGAGCCAUGGCGCUGUACAGCGCGGCCGCCGCCGUCCUGGAGGGGCUGGAGCGCGGCGCCGGCGGCGUCAAGGCGCUGGUGUACCACAGCCGGUUCCCGCACGUCCGGCAGCUGUACGCCCUGGUGUCCGAGACGCUCCGCUACUCGCCGGUGCUGGAGGAGCUGCUGGCCGGCGCCGCGCUGCUGCAGGCCGAGAAGAAGUUGUCCCCGCAGCUGGCGAAGGUGCUGGUGUACGACCUGCUCUUCGGCAAGGGCUUGAAGUGCGGGGGCCGCUGGAAGGCGCUGGCCCGGCGGCACCGGGCCCGGCUGGAGGCCGAGCUGGCCCGCCUGAAGGUGCGGCGGAAGGUGAGCCGCAACGAGGACCUCCUGGCCCCGGCGCAGGCAGCCGGCCCCGGCGCUUCCCAGAUACCGCGCUACGUCCGGGUCAACACCCUGAAGACACGCGUGGACGACGUGGUUGACUUCUUCAAACGUGAGGGCUACUCCUACCUGGGCAAGGCAGCCAGUGUGGAAGAACUGAGGGCCCUCUCCGGGAAGAAAUUCCUGUUGGACCUUCACCUCCCGGAGCUGCUGGUUUUCCCUCCGCAGACAGACUUCCAUGAGAACCUGCUGUAUACUUCAGGACACAUCAUUCUGCAGGACAAGGCCAGCUGCCUCCCCGCCUUCCUUCUCAGCCCCGCUGCUGGCUCCCACGUCAUCGAUGCCUGCGCUGCGCCUGGGAACAAGACCAGCCACCUGGCAGCCAUCCUGAAGAACAAGGGCCGGAUCUUUGCCUUUGACGUGGACACCAAGCGCCUGGCCACCAUGAACACCAUGCUGAUGCGUGCUGGCGUCACCGGUUUCCAGCUGGCGCAGCAGGACUUCCUGACGGUGGAUCCCGGAGACCCCAAGUACAGCAAGGUGGCCUACAUCCUGCUCGACCCGUCCUGCAGCGGCUCAGGGAUGGUGAACCGGGUGCCGAUGGCAGAGGCUGCCCCAAGUGCCGAGCGGCUGCAGGCCCUGAGCCCUGCCCUGAGCGUCCCGGCUCUGCUUCGCUUGGUCUCCUUCAGCUGCGCCCUGCACUGGAAGAACGAGGACGUGGUGGGCACCGUGCUGCAGGAGCAGGGUUCAGCCUUCAGGUGUGUCUGGCACGGGGGGGAUGCUGGGCAGCAUCCCAGCUGCCAGGGCUGCGCUGGCACCCGCCGCCCCUCAGGCACCUUGGUGGUCCCUGCCUGUGCCCUGUCCUGA